UUUUGUGUGAAGCCACGCCCAGUCAGCUGGCCGCUGAAGUUGAUCGAGUAAAGUUUCUGUGUUGUUCCUCGGAGCCGACGCUGCGCUCCAGCGGUCUGCUCGGGGUUCGAACUCGCUGACAGCUGAGCAUGUCGCUGGCGGACCAGCAGUGGUGUCCCACCAGCGUGCAGGUGACCGCGCUCCAAGCCCGGGGCCUCCGGGUGAAGGGCAAGAGCGGCACCAACGAUGCGUACGCGCUGCUCCAAGUGGGCAAGGAGAAGUUCCAGACGUCCGUGGUGGAGAAGAGCGUCACUCCGGUGUGGAAGGAGGAGGCCACCUUCGACCUGCCGCCGCUGCAAGUGCGAGGAGGAGGAGGAGGAGGAGGAUCUGAGCGCAGCACGCUGCAGGUCCAGGUUCUACACCGGGCUCUGGUGGGCCCGGACAAGCUGCUGGGUCAGGCUGUCAUCAACCUGCCGCAGCUGAGCGAAGACACCACCCGCAGCAAGACUGA